AUGUACUACCAGAAGUACAAAGACGAUAGAUGGCAGCUUAGGAUGUUGGUUGCACUAGCUUGGCCAAUCGCCAGGCUUUUGGAACUCGGCCAUAUGUUCUGCGUCAGCGCCGAAAUAUACAAGGCUACCAUAACGUAUUAUGGUCGGCCUGAUAAACUGUUUCCUUUCCCGUUCCUUGGGGCGUCGACGGCUGUUGGUGGGGGCAUCGCUUUUCUCGCCCAUUCUUUCUUUUCCGUCCGAGUGUUUAGGGCACUUCCAAGGCCGUGGAACUGCGUUGGGGCUGUUACUUUCCUCAUCGCCCUCGUGCGUUUCAUCGGAAGUAUUAUCCUCGCAGCCCGCGCCGUCAGUGCUCCAGGUCUUGAAGAGUAUCGAAGAAGCGUCGGCUGGAUGGCGGUCUCGCUUUUGUCGAUGGGUAGUGAAGGACAUGGGUCACCCAUGGCUCACUCAGGUCUGACGCUCACCCAUACCCACCAAAACCCAUACCCAUGA